AUGCAAACAUGUCAACUUUGCUUUAAAAAUACAGCGUUGAUUUAGUUAAUUUGCUCUCAUCAUAUCUGUCUUAAAUGCACAAAUAAAAAUAAACAAUUGUAAUAAAGGUACUUGUAUCUCAUAAAUAUAUCAAAAAGUUAAUUAUAAAACAAAUAUUGGAUUCAAUGCUCAAUAUGUUAAAAGAAAACUUUUAGCUACGACUUUUCAAAUCUUUUAAUUGAAUCUCAUGAAUUGAGUUUACUUACUGACAGAAGUUAACAUCAAUUUUAAUUGAAUGAAGUAAAUUUUAUUUUAAUAUCAACUUUUCAACACUUUAGAGUUAACUCAUUAUUGAACCAUAAAUAUUCUAACGUCGCAGAUCCAUGAAUGCUAUUGAUUUAUUUACAAAAAAUCCAUCACCAAUUAGGUAGGAAAAGUCGAAAAAUCCAACUUAAAAAUUAAAACAAUCUAUCAAAAAUGUUAAUAAAUAAAAUCUUCUUAAAUAAAGUACUCAACUCAAAUAAACUUCUGAUAAAAAGCCCUAUCAUAAGAGAUGUUAAACUGGAAUUGUUGAAAAUAAAUAAGGUUGUUAAAACAUUAAAUAUCUUAGUCAUAAAUAGUAUGUUAAACUUCUAAAAAUUAACAAAACAAAAAACAAGUCCCAUUUAAAAAUGCAGUUCUAUAUUCGACUAUCUUUUGAGUCUCUCUUACCAGCAAACAUAAAUAUCAGAUAUAAAAAAGGUUAGUCUCGCUAAUUCCUCGAAAGUUGAAAGCAAAAAAAAAAUUAAAAGUAGGUGUCAUAGUCAAAUAUAAAUCAAAUAGAAAAUUAAAAAUUGAUUUC